UUCAUUAUUGCAGAAAAGCCUUAGCAAAGUGCACCAAAUAAACGAUUUAAUUAAAGUGAACAACUCCAUUUAGCAGUAAGAACAAUUAAACAAUGGAUACAUUGCGUGAACGCCGUAAAAUAAAGCAGAUCAAGAAGCAGCUCAAAUUAUUGCCAAUCAACUUGCGCAAAAAAGCAAUUCGAGAGGCGCGCAAUUCGGCGGGAAUGCAACAACAACAACGCCAGCAAAGACACAAGAAAGCUGCAAAGCAAAAAAAAAACGAAGCUAAUAAACAAAAUGACUUUGAACGUGCCGAACAUAAUGCAAUGCUGGCGGCAACUUCACAAGAACUGCAACAGAUUUUGGCGGGCUGCGCAGAGUUGCCAGAUGUGCCCGACGACUGCACGCCAACUGAACUGUGGGGCAAGAUUGCCACAGCGGAGGGGCAUGCCACAAGGAUUUUCGUGCAACGCGACGGUCUCAGCACUCUUAAAAUUGUGCUCCAUCAACGCUCUCCUACAAUUGCCCAAUUGAAAAAAGCGGUCGCCUCAAUUUCGAUCGCUCAGCACAAACGAAGGCAGCGCAACGAACGUCGUGCGUUAGCCGAAGACAAGAAUGCCGGUCAGCACGAAGUUGGCGACAACAGACAACAGGUUGAAAUGUUAGCUUCGGCUGCCGCUGCUUCUGUCGCUGUCGCUGCUGCUGCUUCUGCUGGAAAUGAAGCCAUGCUCCGCUCCAGUUGUGAGUUAGUCAACUCGUCGCUGUUCAACGGGCAUGAGCAUCGCGCGCUUGUUUCUUGGCGUUUUCUAUGGCGCUGCUUUGCACUGUUCAACGUGGACACGAAUCAGCCGAUCGAUGACAGCGCCGACAACGGACGCGCUACUCUAACGGCAUUAGGCAUUGAGAACGGCACCAAUCUUAAGUUUGUGCAUCGCGUCAAGUAUUUCGGUCGACGGCGGCAGACCUGAAAAAACUACAAC